AUGGAAAGGCUCACGUUGUAUGAAGAAUACAGACUGAUUGAAAGAGCUGAGGCAGAGGUUAACGGAGUUUGGAAAGGAGCUCAUUUAUUGUUAUUUUUUCUGGCGUUCGUUUUCGGUUCAUUUUGCACGUUCUGUUUCCAUAUGCUGAUGUAUCUUUUUGACGAGAAGUGCGUACUCUUUCCCAAACUAUUGUCCCUGACGUCGCUGAGACAAACUAUUAUAUACGAAUUCAUCCCUGAUGAUAAAGAAGCCGCUGAUAGAUUACCAGUGGAGUUUCUCAGCACACAAUGGGUUGAGAAGAGUGCUUGUUUACUGCCUACAUACGUGCCUCUAGUGUCUGGUAUUUUUGGUCUUGUAUGGACAACGAUGUUUUUAAUGUGUUCCACUGGAAGUCGAGUCUUAACUGGGUUGCAGAGGCCGUGGCGAGUCCUGCCGCCAGUGUUCCUCUUCUCACUAGCGAUGGGUGGUCUUUGUAUCUACACGACAGCUGUCACACAUUAUGGGUUACGGGAACUGUGCCUUAAACUUAGCGAAAUAACCGGCAGUACGACAUGUACGUACACGGUGAACGUCGCCACAUUAGCGUAUGAACGUCGUAUAAGGGGUGUGUAUCAAGCGACACGACUAACCAUCUACUCCGCCUGGCUCCACACAGCCUGCUGGAUUUUGUCAGCCCUAUUGGCUUUCGUCAGAGUCAUCUUCGCCAUCGACUUCAAAUUAGUCAAAGUUACUGUCCAAUUAAAAGGCAACCUUGACCGAAUGCUGGAGCGUCAAGAAACCCAUAUCCGUACAAUAUCUCCGGAGCCAGAAUUCAAAAAUGCGCCACUAGAGUAUAAAAGCAGUACUGUCAUACACUUUAAGAAGAAGGAUUUCCAAGCUAACCAUGACAGCGUUAGAGAUAUAAAAGAAUAUUCAAAAAGAGAUGAACAGGAAGACAGCGGUGACUUGUUGUUUUAUUCUUCACUGGUGCAAGAUAAAUCUGAACGAUCUUUGUUACCGCCAUCACAGGGCAGGUUGGAUUACUUACGAGCCCAUGACAAUUUGACCGAAGAUGAGCAAUCUGUUUUCGAAAUUUUAGAUAAUAUUCUUGAUAAUGUUAUUCAUCGGGCUGAAUCUUCGUUAUCAUACAUAAGAUCUCUCGAAUCUCGAACUACUUCUGAAGAAUUAUCUCCGACUCGACAGUACGGUCAGCAAACAUUACGAUCUCGAAUACCAGAAGGAUCCAUCGAACCUUCUCGAAGUAACCAGGACGAGGCGAUAGAAACAGCUGAACAUGUGAAAAAAGUUCUAUUAGAAGGUCUAGGAGACAAACUUACUACAAAACGUGACGAAUCAAUCGUGAAGGACAAUGAAUCGGAUAAAACAUUAGUACCACAUACCGAAUUGACAUCAGAAAAAGAAGAUAAAAAACAUUUCGUUCCCGAAGAGGCUGAGCCAGGUCCCAGUAAAGCACCUGUUUUGAAAUCUAGCUUAAAACGUGCCGGGGUUCAGACAGAGAAGACUCUAAGCGUACAGAUAGACUCAAAAACUGGUAUCUUCACACCAAAGUCAUCACAGAGCCGUUUAGACGUAAAGAAGGUAGACAAAGAAGUGCAAACUAUAAAGGAUAAACAGGAUUAG